AUGAAUUAAGAAGUAAAUCAACAAUAAAUUUCAAAGUUUCACAUAAAUCUAUUGUAGAAAUUAUGCUAAAAAGCUAUGAUAAAAUGCCAAGAGGAACAGAUAAACCAAAAAUUUUAUUAUAUACCAAAAAAAAGGAUCAGUUCAAAUUGUAAUAAAUAAAUAAUGAAUUCAUUGUAAUAACCAUAAACCUAGAGAAUGAGUACUGAUAUAUCGUAAAGAUAAAGAAGAUAAAUUUUUAAUAGGAGGAAUAAUUACUGUUGGAGUGGUUAAGAAAACAUUAACGAAAAAAAUAAAUAAAUGACAAAUUUAUCGCUAAGAGCUUUGAAAGAUGAUUGUUUAUAAAAGGAAUAAAUUCGAUUUCAUAUUCCUAAAUUAUCAUUGGGAAAUGAGAAAUAGUUGAAAUUGAUGCAAUUAAAUAAAUAACUACAAAGUUUAACAAGUAGACAAACAGUAAAGAGAUAAGCUUCUCCAAUUAAUUUAUAAUUGAGAAAAGUUAAUAAUGAUUUUUUGAUUUAAAAUAGAUAAAAAUAGUUAGAUUAAAUGUUUGAAGCAUAAAAGAUGAUAAUGAAAUAUAUAAUUCAUUAAGAUGAAUAUUUUAAUGAUAAAUUAAUCUAAUUGUAGAAGUCCAUUAAUUAAUGA